ACAUUACGUCAUGCGCUCGAGUAAAUAAUCCAGUUCAAGAUGUCGACAACAUAAUUUGAGCGAUAUUUUUUUAUGACGCAAACAUAUAUUAUGUUCAAUUUCUUAAAAUCAUUCGAUUUUCUUCGUAAAUCCAGUUUAUAAAUUGGAAAAGUAUGCCACCAGACGGUAGGAAGCGUCAAAAGUCAGAUCAGAAAGCAAUGAAAGAAAUAAUACAUAGUGGUCAUUUUAUGGUAUCUGAUAUCGAUGAUCCAGAAGUACAAGACGGAGAUGAUGUCCCAUCUUUGGUGGUUCAUGAAUCAGAUUGUGAUCAGGAAAGUUUACCUUUACCUGAAAAAGGAUUUGAUUUCGAAUCAGCAUGCAAAGAAACUUCAAAAACAUACACAUUUGGAUCUCGUAGCACGCAUUCAAUAUCAAUUGAUGCUUCUCUCACAAAACUUUUUGAAUGCAUGACUUUAGCUUAUAGUGGCAAAUUAACAUCUCCCAGAUGGAAGCAAUUUAAAGGGCUCAAACUGCGUUUGAAAGAAAAAAUACGAUUGAACAAUAUGAUCUGGAGAGCAUGGCAUAUGCAAUUUGUUAUGAAAAUAAAGACAGACAAAUUGUGCCAUUUUGCAACACCUCUGGAUGGGGACACUCAUAUGAAACCAGAGGCUGUUGUUAUAGAGGGAACAUAUUGGAAAAGGAGAAUGGCUAACAUAACUGCCGAGUACAAAAAAUGGCGGCUUUUUUAUAGAGACCGAUUUAGGUUAAAACCUAAUCAAGAAACAGAAAAGAUGGAUAUGGAUUGGGAAGCACGAUGGCCAUCAUGGCCUAAAGAUGCUUAUACUAGCCUUCAAAGUGCCAUGGAUGAAGAUUUCAUUAUGGAUUUUACUGAUACUUUAUUUACUACUUUUAAUCCAAGUCAACCAUUUGAUUUUCCAAAUCCUAAAGAAAUAGCUGCCAAAGCUGGAAUAGCAGAUUUUAUUCAGCCAGGCCUAGUGCAAUUACAGCCAGCUGUAGAUGAUUUCAUGGACACUUUUGAACCUCUUUCAGAUCUUUUUUCAGAUUUCUUGAAUUCCAAACUUCCACCUUUGCCAGAAGAAGGUACAUAUAACAGUAAUUUUCAAGAUUUAAUAUCCCCUGGUGCUGAGCAACAGGAUUCAUUCAGUAGCUCAGGCUCUAAAAUGUUUGGUAGACAUACUCCUAAUUAUUUCAGCCGUUUCAGUGCUCAAGCUUCAGGAAGCUCUUCAUUGAAACGGAGUAAGAAGCCUGUAUCAUCUUCACAUUCAAAACAAAUCCAACAGCCAUCCUAUAUGCCUUCUUCCCCAUAUUCUGGCAAAGCAAUGCUGAACAAUAUGAACUUCACUCCUGAAAAUAGUGCCCUUCUUUCUGAAAAUGUGCCUUUACUUCCUUCGGAGCAGCUUCCUUCUCAAUCUGAUUCUAUACAACCUUUUUUAUGCAACACUGUUUCCAACCAGCCAUCCCAAGAAUCCACUAUUGAAUCCCUUCUACAAGGAAAUUUACAAAGUGAAGUGAGAAAUUUGCAACCAACUCCUGAGAGCUUAUCAACUAUGCAAGUUUCAGCAGCUCCCCAAAUGGUGAAAAGAGAACAGACUAAUCAGUUCUUCCAACAGCCAGCAUUUAAGCCAUAUUCUGAAACAGACUUAUCUCAACAACAUAUGACGCAAAAUUCUAUACAAGUGCCUUUACAAACAAUUCCACAAGUUCAUAUUGCUGAAAAUAUGAUUUCAAAUUCAAAUGCGAAUGAAAAUAAGACGACAAAACACCCUCUCUUUUUUUCUGUCAGUUUAGGUCAAGCAAAUCAUUCUCAACCUAGUACAAGUAGUUUUAAAGUACCAGCACAAUUACAACAAGUUGCUAAUAUUAGUGCUUCUGCUGGAAAUGUAUAUCAACCAAGUCUUGUUAAGCAGAAUCCUGUAUCACAUGCAGAAUCUCCUGCUUUUAGAAGACAUUCAUAUACUACAGGUCAACCUUUGCAGUCUGUUCCUCAAAAUCCUAGUGAUUUCAUGGGAUCUCGAAGAAGUAGGCCUAUUGCUCCAGCAACUACAACAGUUGCAAAUUUUGCUGUACCCGAGGUUCCACCAAAUCGAAGAACACGUUCACGAAGUGUUUCAUCCCCACAGUCAAGUAGUCCAAAACCUGUUAUGCAUCAACCAGCACAGGCUAUUUCUCUAACAGAUAUAAGUUCAUCAGUACCAGCUGUUGUUUCAACAACAGAUCUUUCUAGACAGAGAACUACUCUUUCAAGUUCCCUUGGGCAAACUGUUAAUGUCUCAAACUCCAAUGUUUUGCAACAGAAUGCCAUUCUUGCUCAACUUCUUGCUCCAGGAUGCACACAACAAGAUAUUGGUCAGACUGUGAUCAAAGUGACAAAUGCAGCAACUGCGAAUGUUACUUCACCUGUUACUAUAAUUAGGCCACUUCUUAGCUCUACUGCUCACACAUUUGUUUUUUCACCUCUUUCAAUGGGGGCGACAUCUGGUGAUCUCCAGCAAAGUCUGUUUGUUAGUUCUGCUAAUUCUUCACUAGCCAAACAAGAUUCACCACCUACAUGUGUUCUUCCUACUCCAGAUAGUCCUGGUUCUUCCACUUGUAGUUCUCCUGCAAUAUCAACCAUUUCCUUUGAGUCUCCCUCUACGUCUAAGUCUGUAAGACUGAAGUCAGAUGAAGAAAAAGUACAGUACAAAGAACAUCGUAGAGUAUGUCAUAUUAAUGCUGAGCAGAAAAGGCGUUGCAAUAUCAAAAAUGGUUUUGAGUCAUUGCACAAUUUAUUGCCACCAAUGGGACAAGCUCCAAGUUCUAAAAUAAGUAAAGCAGCUAUGUUACAGCGAGGAGCUGAAUACAUUCGCACAUUGAAAUCAGAGAGGCAGCAACAAAUGGAAGAAGCUGAAAUGUUAAAGAAACAAAUAGAUGAAUUGAAUCAGGCAAUAAAUGUAUUUCAGAGUCAGUUACCAGCCUCUGGUGCUCCUAUUCCUUGCCAGAGGACAAAUAAAAUGAAAGAGAUGUUUACAGAAUAUGUUCGGCAGCAAACCUUGCAAAAUUGGAAAUUUUAUAUUUUCAGUUUAAUAAUUGAGCCUUUAGUUGAGUCUUUCAAUAAUAACGUAUCAACUGCAAAUGUUGAUGAAAUGUGCAAAUCGAUUUUGACAUGGCUUGAGCAACAUUGUUCACUAGUAAAUUUAAGGCCUAGGGUGUUGAAUUCUCUUCGUCAUUUGAGCACAACCACAAGCAUACUCUCAGACCCAUCUCGUGUACCUGAAGAAGCGAUUCAAGCUGUGACAAAAAAGGAAAAUAAUAGGCAGUAACAUUUAUAUGGUCAUAUAAAUGUGUAAUUAUCUCAGGGUUAAUGCUGAUGAAAGAAUUGUUAGAGUAGCUGUUAUGUUUUUGUUGUAUUUGAUUUGUUUUGAAGCUAUCUUUUCUUUUUAUGAGUAUUUUACAAUGUCUAUCUCAAAAAUUGGCACAGAUUUUAAAUCUGUGAGUCAAUGUCACCAUAAAUGAAAAACAAUCUAAAGUUUGUUUUAUGGUAAUAAAUAUGUAUAAAAUUUAUCUUUGCCAAUUUUAUGUUCAUGGACCUUCUAUAUAUGAAUUUUUAUUUGCAGAAAUAUUUUUAAAAAAUUUAAAUUUAAUGGCAAGCAUUGAUUUAUUCUUAUUUGGAAAAAGUCUUUUUAUCAAUUAAUGAAGUUAAGUUAAUAAUUGAUUUCUAUUUCUAAAUAAUGUGGAAUGCCGCUUACUUGUUUAAUAUAACCCAAGUUUGUGGUUUUUGAUUGAUAUUAAAGAUAUUGUUUUAUUGUUUAAGAUUCGUGAAAUAAUAUUGUUCUGAGAGUUAUGAGGCUUUUGACUAACACUAUUGUGUUUUGAAGGUGUUGUUGGAUGCAUCAUAUUUUUUUUUAUCUUUGUCUCUUCCAAGAUUACUUUUUGUCAACACUUGAUAGUCAUUUUGUACAUAAACUUGUGUGCCAACAGAUUGAAAAUUUGGCUAAAUAUUAUAGAUAUUUUAAGAUUUAUGUGUUAUAUAUAGAUUUUAUUCUGCUCAAAUUCUCAAACAAAAGUGUUUGUUUUAUAAUUUGUGAAUAUCUGUCAGAAGUACAAUGGUAUGUCAUAAUUGUUCAUGGGACUGUGUUCUUGUGUUUCAUUGUCAUAAAGUGUAUGUAAGCUUUUAUCUCUAUUCAUAUCAUAUCAACUCAUUUUUAGGAUAUUCAGUAAUCAUUUGGAUUGUGCUAUUUUUCUUUUGAAGACUGUUAAAAAAAACAUUUUCAUUCAUUGUUAUUUGUUGUGUUUAAAGUUUAUGUAUUGUUAUCAAGCUUCACUUGAUGAUCAGUUUCAAUAUUUGACAUUCAUUAAAUGUGAAAUACCCUUAAUUAGCAUCCAAAUAAUCCACAUUUAAAGAGUUUAGAUAUAUUAUGUUAAAGUUUAAAAUGUAAUUAGUUAAAAUUUUCAAAAGCAUAGUUUCUUUUCUUUUGUACUGUUAUUGGUAAAUUUAAUACUUCAUAAAACAAAACUGAAAUACCAUUGGAAUCUAAAUUGAUAAAACAUCUGGUAAAGGAUUAGCCUUUGUUUUGUGAAAUCCCUUUGGAAACAAAAUUUUUACAUUAAUUAUGUUAAAAUUUAUUACAUUAUUUUCAUUUGUUGCUUUUUAAGAGGACAUUAUUAAUUGUGUAUAAUUAUGUAUAAUUUUAUCCCCUCAGAAUUCCAAAGAGUUUUGAAAAUCGAAAUUUACAAUUACGAAAUACAUUGCAUUAAUUUUAUUUUGGUCUGCUUUAAACUUUAGUUGAGAAUAAGGCUCAUAAUUUUGUCAAUAUUAUAGUUUAUAAAAUUUUUUAAUGAAAAUUUUAUAUAUUAUUAACUGUUAAUAACUGUUUUAUAAGGAGCUGUUUAUUUUAAACUGUGUUUAUUUUUUAUUUUGUCUAUGAAAUUUAAUGUUUAAUGCUUCACAUAUUUAGGCAAAUUGAUCUGGUCUUUUAAUUCCUAAUUUUUCUAGAAUUAUUAGACUAUCAAAAAAUAUUUCUUAUAGUAUGCUGUGAAAAUUGAAAGUUAUUGCAUUUUAAAUUGUAGUUUUUUGGUAAUAUUGGAUAUAUUGGCAAAUAAUAAGUUAUUUUGUGUAAAGUAUAUGUAGAUAUUUUAAACUGUUUUGUUGAGACUGUCUUCCUCUUUUAUGACUUGCGUACAAAAUUUUGACAUGAAUGCAAUGUAAUGGCUCACAGUUCUUGAGAGAAAUUUAAUUUUUGUCUGAAAUUAAGUUGGACUCUUCGUUGUCAAAUUUAUAGAAUAAAAGUCAUGUUAAAAUAAUUUAAUUUUUAGAUGAAAUGUUGGAGAUUUUUUUUUAAAAAAGAUAUAUUGUUCAUAGUUGAAUGAUUAAUUUUUUUUUACAAAAAGAAAAGAAUUUUGAGAUACUGCAUGUUAAGAAUUAAAUUCAACAUGGAUAUGUAUUCAUGUAUCAUCAAUUGAAUGUGCACUUCUUAUAAGCAAAGGCUUUGUUUUAUAUUUUGAAAACAAAGUUUUACAAAAUAAUACAAAAAGGUACCUUUUCCAUUGUGUAAGUUUACAGUGCACAUAAUGAAAUUUUUUUUAUGUAUCAAUAAAUAUUAAUUUUUUUGUUUUUUGUAAUCAUUAUGAGAUCUAUUUGUAUAAGUUAAAAAAAUUUCUGUAGUGUUUUACCAUAAAAUAUAUUGUUUAUUAAAUAUCUGUGUUUAUUUUUUGUUAAGAAAUCAUCGAAUAAUUAUAAAUAAUGAAUAUUAUUUGUAACAAUUUUCAGAAUUUAAUGUAUGAAACAUUUGGAUGGCAUAUACAUUUAAAAGACAUUUAAAAUGUAUUAAUUAAAAAUUAGUACAAUUUAAAAUUAAUUAAAAAUAUGACUGCCUUUUUCUGCUGACUGAGAUAAGUUCUUUCUUAGUUAAAAGUUUUAAAAGUUAGCAAAUAAAUAAAUAAAAAUACAGAUACUUUUUAAAUUGUUGCUUUAUUAUAAAUGUGAAUAAUGAUUUGAAAAUAGUAUAUUUCAUUUUUAUGCUUAAUUUGGAACUGGAUUAGAUCAAUGUUUUCCUUGUUAAACCUAGCAGUGAUUUUGGGAAAUAACUAUAUGUUAUUCCAUGUUGAUGAUUGGAAUUAAAAUUGAAAUACAUAAUCACCAUAUUUACUUUUAUUGCAAAUGUUAACAAAAUAAUUUAUCAAUUUGUUGUUUAAAGAAAAUUUUUUCUGGUGGAAAAAAAAAAAAAAAAAAAUGUAAAUCUGUGAAAUAUUCAUUUUAGUGAAACAAUAAAUUAAAACAAGAACUCUGAUGUUUUUGCUUAAUUUUAUUUUUUAAAAGGUAUUUUUGCAAAACAGAAAUUUUCAUGUAACAUAUUGAAGUAUAUAGAACUUUCAUAUGCUUCAAAUUUUAGAUCGAUUUUCAUCUUGAAGGUAUAAUAAAUUCUUUUAAAAAAAAAAAAAAAAAUCCCCCCCCCCCUUAAUGAGGCAAGAUUUGCGCUGAAGUUUUAAUACAAUAUAAGAACCAAGUUUAGAAGUUUACCUUUGGGCAAAAAUGUAUAUUUGUAAUAUGAUGUAAUUAAACAUUUGAAAAAAAAUUUUUGGGUCAUAAAUUUAGAUUUUAAUUUGCUGCAAAUUAUUAUCAAAUUAAUUUACAAGAUUUUUUUUUAGUUAGAGUAAUUUGUAAUUACUUACUCUAGAUUAAUUAGUGUAAGUAACUAAUAAUUGCUUCGAAAAUACGAUUUACUAUC